GGAGCACAUCGAUAAUAAGUCUAAGGUCAAAAUAAAGAUACAACAUGAGCGAAGUAGAAGCAAACCAAAAUGAUGAAGCCGAGGACGAUCAGGAAUUGGAUGUGGGCAGCACCCAUUUUAAUCCACUACGUGCGCUUUAUGCAACCGACUACAAGAUAACGGAGAAGAAACCAAAAGUGCUGUACCAAAAUAUUGCUGCAUUUGAAAGCGCGUUCGCAAAGGUUGGAAUUUGGGGGCUAAACAAGCGACAAAAAGACAAAAAUUCGACAGAGGCGAAGUCAGAUCAAGUCGAAAUGGUGCUGGACCCCAUGAAUGUGCGUCGGUUUGAGCCUCAUCAAAUGGCCAUAAAAGGAACCAUAAAGAAGAAACAUCAACGAAAUAUUUUCACACACAUGGCUAGCACAGAAGGACCCUUGGCGCUUUUGCAAAAAUGUUUGCCGGACUCGGAGGUCCGUCCACGAGUGCGAGUAUAUCAACGGAAUGAGCGCGGCAUACGCGGCAGCCUUGAAGGUGAUCUUGUGGCGUUUGACAAGCAAUGGAAUCUGUUGCUUAAGAACGUUAUUGAAACCUGGCAGCGCCGCAAAUAUAAAUACAGUGAGCAAAAGAUUUGUGACCCAGCUGUAGAAGCGGAUUGCCAUGCUCGGCUACGUGCGCUUGGCAUUACACUACCCACUGUUAAGGUGAAGAGUUUGAAUCGUAAAAACGUGCAGCUGACCCGUGAAAUUCCAUCCGUAAUGAUACGCGGUGAACAUGUUGUUUUAAUUAAAGCUUAA